GCCUUGCUCCUCUUCUGGGGUUGCGAUUUGUCAGCCUCCCAUUGAGAGUCACUUUUGAGUGAUAAAAAGGCUUGUACGACCACGAACCACUGUCGUUUGCUGAGACACCGGAACGGAGGAUGGGGAGAGCUUGUUCUCCAGCCGGCUCUUUAACCUAAGGACGACGGCAGGAGACUGGCCAGGAAUCGGGUUUCUACCCUUCUAACUCCUUGUUAAGGGCCGACUGUGUGCGCUAGCACCGAGACCCAAGGACCGCAGCCUCAACCCUCCAGGGACCCCGGCGUCCCGGCACCCAGUCGUGUCUCCGGCGGCGGGUCGGGGGCGCAGAACCGAGGCCCAGCCGCGUACCUGCCCCGGGCUGAUUUUUCCUCGCGGAGCAGCCGCUUUCCACAGGUUCUUUCCCCCACGGCCGCUGCCUCCAUCCGGGGCUCACCCCAGCGUCGCCCAGACCCGCGUACCAAGGACCUCCGGCACCUGCCUCUCCGCCGAAGCUCGGACGGGAUUCUGGGGGCGCCUGUAGCAACGAGACAAGGAUCUGUUGCUAGGCGAAACGGACAUAGAACCAGGAGACACGUGGUCCAGUCCGUCGAUUUUGUCCCAGAUCGGCCUCCGUAACUAGGCGCUUGGUCCUGCUCCUCGACGGCCCACCUCCAGACAGAUCUAAUUUGAGCAAUCGUGGCGGCGCCACCGAUGACGUCACGGCACCCACGGCCUAUCCGAAGGCCACGCGGUACGUGGCCCUCCAGCGCUUCUGGGCGGAAGGGGCGUGGUCGCGCCUGCGCGGGCGCUCUGACCACCGGCCGGCCCCGCGUGGAGGGUGCUCUGGUCCGCGCGCUUCAGCUCCUCUUGGGCUCCGGGCGGCUGCCGCGACGCACGGCGCUCGCGCGCCAUGUCGUGGCUCUUCGGGAUCAAGGGCCCUAAGGGCGAAGGCGCGGGGCCGCCGCUGUCCCUGCCGCCAGCUCAGCCCGGAGGCGAGGGCGGCGGGGACCGCGGCGCGGGGGACCGGCCGGCGCCCAAGGACAAAUGGAGCAACUUUGACCCGACGGGCCUGGAACGUGCAGCCAAGGCGGCGCGAGAGCUGGAACAUUCGCGACACGCCAAGGAGGCCCUGAGUCUUGCACAGAUGCAGGAGCAGACGCUGCAGCUGGAGCAACAGUCCAAGCUCAAGGAAUACGAGGCCGCCGUGGAGCAGCUGAAGAGCGAGCAGAUCCGCGUGCAAGCCGAAGAACGGAGGAAGACUCUGAGCGAGGAGACGCGGCAGCACCAGGCCAGGGCCCAGUACCAGGAUAAGCUGGCCCGGCAGCGCUAUGAGGACCAGCUGAGGCAGCAGCAACUUCUCAACGAGGAGAACUUAAGGAAGCAGGAGGAGUCUGUGCAAAAGCAGGAGGCCAUGCGGCGAGCCACCGUGGAACGGGAGAUGGAGCUGCGGCACAAGAAUGAGAUGCUGCGGGUGGAGGCCGAGGCGCGUGCCCGAGCCAAGGCCGAGCGCGAGAACGCGGACAUCAUCCGAGAGCAGAUACGCCUGAAGGCUGCCGAGCACCGCCAGACCAUUCUGGAGUCCAUCAGGACCGCCGGCACCCUGUUUGGUGAAGGGUUCCGCGCCUUCGUGACGGACUGGGACAAAGUGACAGCCACGGUGGCGGGGCUCACACUGCUGGCCGUGGGGGUCUACUCUGCCAAGAACGCCACAGCUGUCGCUGGACGGUACCUUGAGGCCCGGCUGGGGAAGCCGUCCCUGGUGAGGGAGACGUCCCGCAUCACGGUGCUUGAGGCCCUGAGGCACCCCGUGCAGGUCAGCAGGCGCCUCCUCAGCCAGCCCCAGGACGCGCUGGAGGGCGUGGUCCUCAGUCCCGGCCUGGAGGCGCGCGUGAGGGACAUUGCCAUUGCGACGAGGAACACCAGGAAGAACCGGAGCCUCUACAGGAACAUUCUGAUGUACGGGCCUCCUGGCACCGGCAAGACGCUGUUUGCCAAGAAACUCGCACUGCACUCGGGCAUGGACUACGCCAUCAUGACAGGUGGGGAUGUGGCCCCCAUGGGGCGGGACGGCGUGACCGCUGUGCACAAGGUGUUCGACUGGGCCAGCACCAGCCGGCGAGGCCUCCUGCUCUUCGUGGACGAAGCGGACGCCUUCCUCAGGAAGCGAGCGACUGAGAAGAUAAGCGAGGACCUCAGGGCCACCCUGAAUGCAUUCCUGCACCGGACAGGGCAGCACAGCAGCAAGUUCAUGCUGGUCCUGGCCAGCAACCAGCCGGAGCAGUUUGACUGGGCCGUCAACGACCGCAUCGACGAGAUGGUCCGCUUCGACCUGCCGCAGCGGGAAGAGCGGGAGCGCCUAGUGAGGAUGUACUUUGACAAGUACGUUCUGAAGCCAGCCACAGAAGGAAAGCAGCGCUUGAAGCUGGCUCAGUUUGACUACGGGAAGAAGUGCUCAGAGAUUGCGCACCUGACGGAGGGCAUGUCAGGCCGGGAGAUCGCCCAGCUUGCGGUGGCAUGGCAGGCCAUGGCGUACGCCUCCGAGGAUGGCGUCCUCACGGAGCCCAUGAUGGAUGCCCGGGUCCAGGAAGCCAUCCAGCAGCACCGGCAGAAGAUGCAGUGGCUGAAGGCUGAGGGAGCCAGGCGCGAGGGUAGCCAGCCCCUGCUCCCAAGUACGCAGGCUGCGUGAACGGGCCCCGAGACGGCUGCGGCACGCAGGCCAGGGGCUCCGCCGAGAAGAAACGCCAGGAUGCCCACUUCCCCCUGUGGCAGGCCCACACGGCUGCCCCUCAGUGGUUUUAAAUGUCUCCAUUCAGGGCCAGGACCGCAUUAAAGGCCUCGGCCUGUGACCGGCCGCAGCUGUGGCAUCUUGGUGGUGGGGCCACCCCCUGCCCCUCCCCGGACACUACUGGGAGAUGGGAGGGUCCGAGCCUGGCUGAGUGGGGGAGAAGGCACUGUCCCCAUGCCCAGGGACAGUGUCCACCUGGCGAAGCCAUGGCCAGCUGCCGUUGCAUCUGUGACCAGCGGUAGAGGGGGCCUGGCUGAGGGGGAGCUGGGCGUGCAGAGGGGCCUGACCCAGCCGGUGAGGGCUGCGCUGCCUGCUGCGGGCUGCUCCCCCCUGUACUAGGGAGGGGGCCGGGCCCCGCACACAUCUGGCUGUGAUAACACCCAGGGGGUAAGAAGGAGCUGCCAGCAACUGGUGGGGGUGCCAACGAGGCCCAAGACCCGCUGGCCAGGACCAUCCAGUGCUGGGGGGGGGCCACUGCCCCAGUCCACAGGAUCUGCAGCCCUCCCUCCAUUGGAGUUGGGGGUCUUUUUAUCCAGAAUCUAAUAAAAACUCUGAAAGGAUACCUCA